AUUGAUAAAGAAGAAUUGUUGAGAAAAUAAGCCGCCUCAAUAUCAAAAACCGCAAAUAAAUUAAAGGAGGAUGUUUCGAAAUUUUAAAGCAAUUAAUUUAUUGUGGAACGAGUGCUUUAUUUAACAUAUUUAUCAAGGGAGAGUAUGUUUUCACGGGAACCUCAAAGUUGUUGCGGGCUUAACUGUAAUAAAAAUUUAAUUGGUACCCAAACAUUUUCAAAUGAUAGAAGAAAACAAGAAAAAACGGAUUAUAAUUUUGUACUCGAAAUAAAAAAAUAUAUCGAAAAUUCUUCGUGGCACAAAUAGCAAUCGGCGUAUGCAGCGAGCAAAGCCGAGCAGUAUUUAAAUUUAACUGCAAGAAGUGAAGUUAUUCAGAAGCGCGUCGACAGUGUUCGAAGAAAAGUCUUGGUAACUGAUUAAUUAAAUUUAGUGUACGAGUUUAAACAUCCGCGACUGAUAAUACGCACUUUUUUCAACAUGUGUCAUUUGAACAGAAACUGUGUUAGCUUAAGCAUCGAGAACAAUCAUUUGUGGAAAGUACCCACCGUAUGAGUGGCGGAUAAUAUAAAACAAACUACAUAUGGGGAAUGUUAAGGGACUAAAGGUUAUGUUUUUCGGCUUAACGGUAUGUUUAUUCGUAGUGUUCCCGUGCUUGGCCCGUUCCCUGAUUUGUCCUCAAGGCAAACAGUUUUUGGACACGGAAAGACAAAGGUGCGCCAAUUGCACGAUCUGUGAUCACGCGAAGGGUUUAGUGGUGUUAAGACCAUGUGAAGUGCAUAGAGACACGAUAUGCGGUACGAUAAACGAGCUGACCCUCGACUGGAGCUUGUAUCCCGGCGCUCCCGAACAAACGCACCACAACCGUCACAAUCAUCAUCGGCACCAUCAUGAACAGAGAAUCCUUUGGAAUUUUGACGAUGACGAUCGGGCGGGAAAAACGGUCGAUACCAAAAAUAAGCGGAUCGAUGAGAAAGUGUCGUUCGAAACUGAUGUUGUUACUAGUACGGAGAUGGCGUUUUCUAGUGCAGAAACGUUAGUGUGGGACUGGCAGGCCAUAGCUCUCACCCUUGCAAUUUUUUCGUGCAUCUUGUUUUUUCUAGUAAUCGCCCUUUACUCGUUGCAUCAGGCAAAACAAUGGAGAAGACUUAAAGAAAACUUCGAAGCUGAUGUUGAGGAGUUAUCUAUGAAAUUAAGUCUGAUGUCUGCUACACCGAGUGAAAAGGGCGAUUCUUUGGAUUCAAAUUUGGGUCAAAUUCACGAAGGAAAUUAUUUAAAAAGUCGAUGUGUCUACUUGGAACAGCUUCUUAAUGUACGGAAGGACACCAAGAUCAUCUCCGACAAGAAGGGAAACGUGUACAUCGAGGAGGCUAAUCCUGGCGGAAAGACAUAAGGCGGAAGCAGCCGAGAAACAACCCUCUCAAUACAUGUCAUUAUUAAAUGCAGUUUUUUACUUUGACUGUAGGAUAUUUAUACAGGCACCUGAAGAAUUAUCACUUAACGGUGUUAAAAGAAAUGGUUUCUGGAAUCAAUUUUAAAUGUGAAAAAUACGACGGGGGGACAUUCAAGUAUUGCACAAUACGUUUAGUAAGAGGGGAUUCAGAUUUUUUCUGACAGUGGCGCAUACUGAUGUGGUCGAAAAGAGAAAAUCUUUGUACAUAGGCAUAAAUCAACCAACACAUUUACAAGCACCUUGAUAUCUCAACCGCGAUAUACUUGAAUUAUAAUCACCACUAUAAGGUCUCAGCUCGAAGACUGAUUAGACCUCACGUAAUCUAGGUCUACCUCCAUCCCCCUUUUACUCCUCUUCCUGCUUAUAAUAUAACUCUAACCAACCCUUCAUGCCUCAAAGUCUGUCCUAUCAUUAUAUCUCUCUUUUUACUUCUUAAUUUACUUCCAUACAUCUCCCUAUAACUUUUAACAAUCUGUUUCGUUGUUAUGAAUAUUAUUUUACAAAUGUUCCUUACGUAGAGGGCAAAAUUGUUAAAUAUGUUUGCUCUAAUGGGUUCACAAAAGUAACUUGUUUUUUUUAUGAAAGUAAAAAAAUUAUAGUUACUCAGGAAUGUAAUUUUUGUAGUCAGUGUUCGCACACGUUUAUCUCUUUUAGGAAUUUUCUUUCUUAUUCUUAAAAACGUCUAACGUCUAACGUAUUUUUUUGCACCAAAUUCAUAAUGUUGUUGUACCCACAACCCUAAAGGCUUUGUGUAUAUAUAUGUCUGUAAGUAUAGGUAGCCAACUUUGUUGGUUUUGUAAGUAUGUAUGUCGGAUGCUAUCCGGAAGUUUUUGUAUAUAUUUAUAAAUUGACACCUGGUAAUAUUGCAAGUACAAUUACUAUGUUAAUAUUGUUGUAAUUAUAAAUUAAAUUAUUACAGCUCA